GUCGUGUAGUUUGAGUAGCGUACAGAGUGUAGAGAGGUGAGCAGACGGUCCGCGCUCAACUCGGUUCUCGGUUCUAGUCUCGUUGAGUUUCGAGUUCGAGUAUAGACCCCAGUAACUCCUGCUAACGAGUCAGUAGCACAUGAGCGCUCGUCUAGCGAGUUUCGCAGCGUCUCGCCACCGGGAAUAAAAUGUCAUCCCACAAACCGAGAUCUAGUGUCAAUGGAUAUUUAUUAUUAUUGUAAUUAUUAUUGAUAUUCGACAAAAUAAAUUUUUCUAGUUUGUUUUUAUUCGAAAUAAUAAACUAAUUAUUUAUAAACUUUUACCGACAAAUAAAUAUUUUUUUCGCGGUCUCGUGAAGAAGGGAUUGAUCAGCCCGUGGUGCUAAGACGUUUCACCAUUAUUUUAUAUCAUUAUUAUUAUUAUUAUUAUUUUCGGGAUUUUAUUAUUGUAUUUAUUACAGUUUCAAUUUAUAAGACUCUGGGAUUUUAUUUUUUAUUAUUGGUCGUUUUGACGUCAUUUAUCCAGAGGAUUUGUGCGGGUGCAUAAAACGACCUUAUUAUUUUUUAUUAAUUGAUUAAUAUUGAAAUUAUAAAAUAUAUAUUGUGUGACUGUGUAAAAAUAGUGUAGUGAAUAUUUAAAAAAUAUAUAUUAUUAUUAUUAUUAAUAUAUAAGGCACGAAAAUGGUGCCCCAACAGCAAGAUAAUCCCGCUAAUUUGGGAACCCAGCAAUUUGGAUCUCUAAGAAUUAACAAAAAUUCAUCCACGCCGUACUCAGAUGCCACUCAGACAAAGAAAAACAACCCGAACCACAUAAAGCGACCGAUGAACGCGUUCAUGGUGUGGUCGCAAAUCGAGCGCAGAAAGAUCUGCGAGGUGCAGCCGGACAUGCACAACGCGGAGAUCAGCAAGCGACUGGGCAGGCGCUGGAAGACGUUGGACGACGCCGAAAGGAGGCCCUUCAUCGAGGAGGCCGAGCGACUGCGGCAGCUCCACAUGAUGGAGUACCCGGACUACAAAUACCGUCCGCGAAAGAAGGCCGCGAAACCACCGUCGCCUCCGAAGUCCAAAGACACCAAGAAGUCAAAGAAGUCCUCCUUGUCAUCAACAUCGUCCUCCACGUCGUCCUCGCCGUUGUCAUCGCCGACCUACGCCCCCGCCAGCCCCUCGAUAACGACUGCCACCACGACAAUAUCCACCAAGUCCCGUAACGACAACAACAACAACAAUAGCCACCACCAAACGCCCCUCAAGAGGCUCCAAGGGCACCCCGUCUCCAGCAACCCGGUCUCCAGGCUAAAGAUAAAGCUCGCCCUCGACAAAAGGCCUAUUUCCAUGGACUACACUCCAGUUCCGCCCAAUGUCACCGCUAAAGUACCCAGCAGCCCCUCUUGCGACACUCCAGAUUCUCCAGAAUCUGCGAGCUUCUACGAGGACAACUACCACGACCACCUGGCCCUCACAACCACCACCACCACCAACGUCCCAGGUGCUACCAGAAUGAACAACAACAACAAUAACAACAACAACAACAACAACAACAACAACAACAACACCAACAACAACAACAACAACAACAGCAAUCAUCACAACAACAACUUGCAGCCAAAAAUAAAGGAAGAAAACGACCUGGAGUUUGGGUCAGAAUUCACGAACGAUCGGCAUAACAUCCACCGGGACUUUGUACUCGGAAGAAGCACCAAUUUCUCAUGUCCGUCCAACCCCCUGCACCUCGACAACUACAACAGCGUCCUGAUAAAGCAAGAACCUGUCGACAGAAGUACAUCGGCGAUGCUUCCUACCGGUGGUCUUUCCAUAAACAACCACCCGACAAUUAAAAUAGAAGAGCCAGCGAUUCCCACCGCAGCUGUCACUGAUGGCAGUCUAGCAGAUCUAGAUUCCCUCACGGAUUUGCUUCAGAUUCCGACCUCCGAGUACAAUUCAGCCCUGGAUCUCGACAUUGAAUCGAUAACGAGUGAUCUAGAGUCGUUUGAAUCCACAAGCUCAAGCAGCGUAGAGCCUGCUUUUCCGUUCACUUGUACGCCAGAUGUCGCUGAUAUGCUUUCUGGGAUUGGUGUUAACAGUGAUUGGCCGAAUUUUUAGAGGUUAUUAAUCCCCUGGAUUUAUUUAUUAAUUGGAAUUAAUUAUUCCAUCCACGUCACCGUUUGCUGUAAAAUAUUGUAAUGGUAAUCGUAAAUUUUUUUUUCAACUAUCAGCAUAAUUAGGACUUUCUUUUUUUCUUUUUUUUUUUACGUGGGUAUUAUUUAUUUUAUAAUAUUAUUGAUAAAUAUUUGGUUAGACAGAUUUAAACUCGAUAUAACUUCCAAACUCACUUAUCGAGAGUCUGCAGACAAAAUGGCGCAUCGAGUCCAUGAAAACGCGCCUUAGUCUUUCACUGCCGUCUGCCGUUGUUGCUACGGGCAAUUUAAAAAGUUCUUUUUUUUUUUUUUUUUUUUUUUUUGUUUU